GGCCUUUCACCCUGCGCCUGGGACCUGCGGAAGUGUAGGGCGCGUGCGCAGGCGGGGCGGCCGCGGAGCGGCACUGAGGCAGGACGGGGAUCCGAAGCGGGGCCCCGGGGGUUGCUGGGUAACGUCCGGCGGCUGAGGCUGUGGCCGUCGUGUGCGGCUCCGGUUCCGGUAAGGGGAAGCCCGAGCCGUCUUGACGCCCUGCCUUGCCCUGUGACUGGGAUCUCGGGCGAACAUGGCGGUGCUGGCGCGGCUCCUGCCGGGACUUCUCCUCAUAGCACAGGUGACCUGUGAAUAUGGAAUGGUCCAUGUGAUCUCUGAGCCAGGGAUUGGCAAAGAAAGAGACUACUGUAUCCUGUACAAUUCUCAAUGGGCCCACUUGCCACCUGGCCUUGGCAAAGCAUCUUUGUUACAGCUGCAAGACCAAACAACAUCUGUCUUAUGUUCUCAAUCUGAUGUCCCCAGUGGGGGGUUUAACAACCGAAUUCCUAUGGUGAUGCGUGGAAAUUGCACCUUCUAUGAGAAAGUGAAACUGGCCCAAAUGAACGGGGCACGAGGGUUGCUAGUAGUUAGCAGAGAAAAACUGGUCCCUCCGGGAGGCAACAAGACUCAGUAUGAUGAGAUUGGUAUUCCUGUGGCUCUCCUCAGCUAUAGAGACAUGCUUGAUAUUUGCAAGACUUUUGGUCGAUCAGUGAGAGUGGCAAUGUACGCCCCCAAGGAGCCUGUCCUUGAUUACAACAUGGUCAUCAUCUUCAUCAUGGCUGUGGGCACAGUUGCAGUCGGAGGCUACUGGGCAGGAAGCCAGGAUGUGAAGAAGAGGUCCAUGAAGCACAAGCGUGAUGAUGGGGCAGAAAAACAUGAUGAUGAGACAGUGGAUGUGACUCCCAUAAUGAUUGGGGUGUUUGUGGUGAUGUGCUGUUCCAUGUUGGUCUUGCUGUAUUACUUCUAUGAUCAUCUCGUAUAUAUGAUUAUAACUGUAUUCUGCCUGGCAUCAUCCACCAGCCUCUAUAGCUGUCUUUCUCCUUGUAUAAAAAGACUACCAUUUGGAAAAUGCAGGGUUCCAGACAACAAUUUACCAUAUUUUCACAAGCGCCCCCGAGUUUGCAUGUUGCUCCUGGCAGUGUUUUGCAUUGCAAUCAGUAUAAUUUGGGGAAUCUACCGCAAUGAAGAUCAGUGGGCCUGGGUCCUUCAAGAUGCUCUGGGAAUUGCCUUCUGCCUUUACAUGUUAAAAACCAUUCGCCUGCCAACUUUCAAGGCUUGUACUUUGCUUCUCUUAGUGCUUUUCAUCUAUGAUGUAUUUUUCGUAUUCAUCACACCCUUUCUGACAAAGAGUGGGAACAGCAUAAUGGUGGAAGUGGCUGCAGGCCCUUCGGAUUCUACCACUCAUGAAAAGCUCCCCAUGGUGCUGAAGGUCCCAAGAUUAAACUCUUCACCAUUAGCACUCUGUGACAGGCCAUUUUCUCUCUUAGGCUUUGGAGAUAUCUUAGUGCCAGGAUUAUUGGUAGCAUAUUGCCACAGAUUUGACAUCCAGGUGCAGUCCUCUAGAGUCUACUUUGUAGCCUGUACCAUAGCCUAUGGCAUUGGCCUUCUGAUCACCUUUGUGGCUUUGGCGUGGAUGCAGAGGGGCCAGCCAGCUCUCCUGUACCUAGUGCCCUGCACUGUGAUCACCAGCUUUGUGAUAGCUUUAUGGCGCAAGGAGCUGAGAAUGUUCUGGACAGGCAGCGGCUUUGCGAAAGACCUACCUCAGCCUCCCUGGGUGAUGGCUUCAUCUGAAUGUCCCCAACCCCUAAAAGAUUCAAAUGCUUCCCCUUCUCAACAGGAGCCAAACAAAGAAUUGAUCAACCCCACCCUCCGAGCAGACCAACUCUCUGAUACACCCACAUCCUUGGAAAAAACAGCAAGUGCCAGUGAACCUCUGAGUUCUGCCCCUUGUGUUUCGGAACCAGCCAAUCAAGACAAGGACCAGCCACAUCAAGAGAUUGGAGAGGCCCAUCAGACUAGAUGAGGAGAAUGGAGAUGGGAGUUAUGGCACCUACUACCUUGGCCCUGAAUGCCCACGGACUGGUUCUAACUUUCCCUAAAGAGCCCCACAGCAUCAUUCCUCCUACAAUUGCCGAUACUUGUUAGAUCUCCUUCCCCCUCUUUCUGAAAUAUGGUGCUCUUAUUCCCUACUGAUGCCCAUUUCAGGGAGAACUUGAAUAGGUUUCUCUUCCUCCACUCCUGCCUUCUCAUGCCCGCCUUGUAUUAAGGGGUUUUAUUUAUGCAUUGCCCUGUGCUUGUGUUACUGCUGUGCUUCUCUAGCCUGAUGGGGGUUAAUCCUGACAGGGAAGCACUGGCCAGUUUAGCUAACGUGAAAAGCUAGGAGAGGUCACUGUUAGCACUUUCUCUUAGCCAGUAGUUAACAUUUGGUUUUUCUUUUUAUGAUAUCUUAAUUACAAAUGAAUGAUUUCGUGUAAUCAGAUGUUUAAGAAGCAAGAAGCGGUCCAUCAUUUCACCUCCUUUUGAAAGGAUCGGCAUUUCUAUUCUGAUGCAGGAAGCGCAUCAGGAUUCUCUAGGGUUUUUUCACCCCUGUUUAAAAGCUGGUCAAAGACUUCCUAAAGUAGAAGGUAUUUCUAGGUAAAUAUUCACUGAGUAGACUACCUCUUGUCCAUCGUAAUAGUUUGUUAAAUUCUGUGUUACUCAGGAGAUAAGAAAACGAGAUCACCAUAUGCCAGUGUCCGCGUAAUUAGGAAAGUGACUACGAGGACAUAUAAGUGAUAAGGAGAGUGCAGCGCAGGAUUUUGGAGGAGCUGGAGGAUACAAAAAAUGAAAUAGGCCGUAAAGUCUGUGUGGCCCUUGUGUUAAAGAAGAAGGUGUUGCUUUGUUUAAUGGAUUGUGUCUUAUGAGCUUGGACGAAAGAGUAAGUGGGAAAGCAUGUUCAGAAAUCUGGAUGUUUAGUUCUAACUCUUAAAUAUGUCUAGUCUGUUUUCCUAAAAAUAAUUGGAUCACACCCACCCCCCACCUCCCAGCUGUUGAGAUCCAGGGUCUUGCAGGCAAUGUUCCAUGUUUUUCUAAGUCGCCAAGAGGCUAAUUCAUUAGAACUAAAGCAGUGUUGCCUCUGGAGAUUUGGCAUCUCUAUGGAACUGUGUUUCAGAACUUAAAGAAAAGGGGAAGCUAUAAUCUCACUUUAUAUAAAAUAAAAUAUGGCUUUUGGGUUUCUAGUAAAUUUGUUAGGCUGAGUUCUAGGGGUUAGCAUGCAGUCCCCUAACUCAUUAAAUUUCAAUUCAGGUGACCUUUUUUCUACCACUGGAAAGUUACUGAGGUUGUGGACCUAUGGUUGUCUGUCUCCCUCUCUUUUGCCCUUGAAAAGGAAUUUGGGUGAGGACAUUGCUCUCUGCAGUCAUUUCCUUUGUACAUGGCAACUGGCUACAGCUAUUGCUGAUGAGCAAACCAGUGUGGUGGGUAAAUUUCUUCAGCCUCUUUGGCAGAUCCAGCAUCUCAGCAUUUGUUUACUUUUUCAGGCAUACGAUCCAUUUUGUUUUGAACAGAGAAACCAGGGGCUUUAAAUUUUAUUUCUGAGACUCGAGUAUUCCUGUUUUUUAACACUAUACAUUCCAGUCCAUAAAGGUAACUUGAGUCCUGUACCUUGCAGUAGUAAGGAAUAUAUUCAAAAUCUAGCUGAGGAAUUUUUGCAAUAUAUGGGAAUAUUCUGGAAUGGUAUUCUGUCUUCUACCUCACUGAUAGGGUUCUCACAACACCGUUAAAGAGACAUCCUUUAGAGCUUGUAGUGUUUGGCACACACAGAGAGGGGCAAGAAAAGUCUGGCUGCCAAAUGGCAUUUGGAGAGGCACUGCUAACUGGUUCCGUUACACCAUGGCCACAAUGGCUGAAGGGCAAGCUUGACCGACCGUCUUACUCUAUACCUAUCCUUUCCACCAUCUUUUCCCCCAGACAACUGGAGUGUUGUCCCUCUUAGGUAGUUAGAAGGGUCCUGGUGUGUAACAGUGGAUGGAAGUUUGUACCUGUAUCCCUGGACCACAGGAACCCCUGAUAAUGCCAUAUCUCACCCCCAGUCCAGUCCUAAGUCACAGUAAGGUAGCUAGAAGACCUAAAGCUCUAAGACAAAGCCCCAAGGAGCUCUUCAGGGAGAUUGGAAUCCUUCCCAGACUCCUCCAUUACAAGAGGGUUCCACUUCUUAACCUACCAUCUUCCCCUCAGCUGUCCUUGGGCUCAGAAAGUGGAGCUGGGAUCAUUUUGGACUACAGGGUUUGAAGUUCUCUCCAGCCCAAAUGCCCAAUCAGAUGAAGUGUCACUUGGGGCUAUCUCAGCAACCUUAUACUUGACUACUCUUCUAACCUUGUCUUCAGCCCUCCAGGCAGCCUUUUCAAAUUUGAGCUUUGAAAAACUUUCCAGGUAAUGGAUAACGAAUGACAGGCACUCACACACAUGCUUAUUUUUCAUUCAACCAGUCUUAAGACUAGGACAUUUCAACAUUAUAGUUACUGCUUAGGGCUCUGCUUUUCAGGUAUACCUCCUCAUUGUCUCAUACUUGGCUGAGCUUCCCAGAAUAUCAGAGGCUCUGGGUAAAAUCAUAAACUUCCGAAAAAAAAUACCAGCAUUGAGGAUUUAUGAACAGCCUUAGUCAUCCAUUAGUUCUCUAGGGAGGAGGGAUGGAUUUUCUAGUUAAAGGAGGAAAAAAUGUCUCCAGAGUCCUUCAACCUGUUUGUGUAUUUCUCUUGGGUCAAAAUGAACCGAUAACAACCUGGGAACAAUACCAAAUGGACCUUUCCCUCCUCGUGUUCCUGUCCUUUUGUGGGCAUGUUGCCAUGGAAUAACAUGAUGCCAGUGAGCUCCUGUGCCAGGGAGAGACCUGAGUUGGAACCUGCUGCAGCCAAUUGGACUAUGCCUUAAUUUAAGCCAUUUUAUACUUGUGUAUGGUAAAUGUGGGUUUGGUUGUUUUGGGUUUUUUUAUUCGAAAAAUGUCAAGGAAUUCAAAGGCAGAUGUUCCUAAAGUUUGAGUUUCAUAUUUUUUGCCUUGCUUCUGUUUAACGUUAUCAUUAAACAUAGUUUUUGAUAUUUAAAACUCAGCAUUUGAGCUUUAAUGUGAAGCAGUAGGGAGGAGAAUUGUCCUCAUCUUAUAUUGCCAAGUUUGCUGUCAAAAUAAAGAUUCCGUCACCCAAAUGAAGUGCUUUGUGGGAUCCUAGGAUUUCCAAGUGGACAGGACCUUCUUUGUCCAUCUAGUCCAGCCCCUUCCUUUUACAGAUGAAGUUGAAGCCCAGAGUACUUGGAACUUGCUUGAUAUCUUUAAAGAUAAGUAGUUGAGGCAGAUGCUUUGACUCCCAAGCCAGUGUGCUGUUUUCUGCUCUGUAGUAGCAUAUUUUUAGGGACCCCAGUCUUUACCUUUGUUCCAAAUAAAAUGAGUUUGUGGCUUGCUUUUGAGAAGGCCACAUCUUGUUGAUUAGUGAAACCAUUAGGUGAACUUCUUACUUUAUUUGGUAAACAUGUUAGGAAGAAGAGAAUCUGUCAAGCAGGUAUUUUAAGUUCUUUCUAGGAUAAGUACUAGCUAAUGGAGGAGAAAGAAUGGGGAGACGAGACACAGGACUCAGAAGUGAUGUGUCCAAAACCACCCAGUGACUUACUGAACCAGGACUAGCUAACACCCAAGACUCCAGGGCUCUUUCCAUUCUCUACCUCUGCCUCUUAACACUGAGAAUGAGAUCACAUGUAACUAAAUAAUAAAGUCACAUAAAUAACUAAAUAUCGGUUUAAUGAGGUGGAGCUUUUCUAAAUUAUUGACAUUUGGAUCACACAAACCAUUCAAAGCAAUGA